AUGGGGAUCUCCACAGUCAUCCUUGAAAUGUGUCUUUUAUGGGGACAAGUUCUAUCUACAGGUGGGUGGAUCCCAAGGAUUAGAGACUACGGUUCUCUGAUUCCCUCGGAGGCGAGCCUGGAGACAGCAAUAGUAGAAGCUUCUCCGUUUCCCUGGGAGGCGCCCCUGGAGUCAACUGUAGCAGACGGUUCUCCGUUUCCCUUGGAGUUGACCCUGGAGUCAACUGUAGCAGAAGGUUCUCUGAUUCCCUCGGAGUCGACCCUGGAGUCAACUGUAGCAGAUGGAUCUGAUUCUGGUUUGGCCUUGAGGCUGGUGAAUGGAGAUGGCAGGUGUCAGGGCCGAGUGGAGAUCCUAUACCGAGGCUCCUGGGGCACCGUGUGUGAUGACAGCUGGGACACCAAUGAUGCUAACGUGGUCUGCCGGCAGCUGGGUUGUGGCUGGGCCAUGUCAGCUCCAGGAAAUGCCCGGUUUGGCCAGGGCUCCGGACCCAUUGUCCUGGAUGACGUGCACUGCUCAGGGCACGAGUCCUACCUGUGGAGCUGCCCCCACAAUGGCUGGCUCUCCCAUAACUGUGGCCAUGGUGAAGAUGCUGUUGUUAUCUGCUCAGCUGCCCAGCCUCAGUCAAAACUCAGGCCAGAAAGUUGGCCUGUCAGGAUAUCACCUGUACCCACAGAAGGACCUGAAUCCAGUUUGUCCCUGAGGCUGGUGAAUGGAGGUGACAGGUGUCGAGGCCGAGUGGAGGUCCUAUACCGAGGCUCCUGGGGCACCGUGUGUGAUGACAGCUGGGACACCAAUGAUGCCAAUGUGGUCUGCAGGCAGCUGGGCUGUGGCUGGGCGACAUCAGCCCCAGGAAAUGCCCGGUUUGGUCAGGGCUCAGGACCCAUUGUCCUGGAUGACGUGCGCUGCUCAGGACACGAGUCCUACCUGUGGAGCUGCCCCCACAAUGGCUGGCUCUCCCACAACUGUGGCCAUCAUGAAGACGCUGGUGUCAUCUGCUCAGUUUCCCAGUCCCGGCCGACACCCAGUCCAGAUACUUGGCUGACCUCACAUGCAUCAACAGCAGGAUCUGAAUCCAGUUUGGCCCUGAGGCUGGUGAAUGGAGGUGACAGGUGUCAGGGCCGAGUGGAGGUCCUAUACCGAGGCUCCUGGGGCACCGUGUGUGAUGACAGCUGGGACACCAGUGAUGCCAAUGUGGUCUGCAGGCAGCUGGGCUGUGGCUGGGCCACAUCAGCCCCAGGAAAUGCCCGGUUUGGUCAGGGCUCAGGACCCAUUGUCCUGGAUGACGUGCACUGCUCAGGGAAUGAGUCCUACCUGUGGAACUGUCCUCACAACGGCUGGUUCUCCCACAACUGUGGCCAUGGUGAAGACGCUGGUGUCAUCUGCUCAGGACCUGAAUCCAGUUUGGCCCUGAGGCUGGUGAAUGGAGGUGACAGGUGUCAGGGCCGAGUGGAGGUCCUAUACCGAGGCUCCUGGGGCACCGUGUGUGAUGACAGCUGGGACACCAAUGAUGCCAAUGUGGUCUGCAGGCAGCUGGGCUGUGGCUGGGCCACGUCAGCCCCAAGAAAUGCCUGGUUUGGUCAGGGCUCAGGACCCAUUGUCCUGGAUGAUGUGCGCUGCUCAGGGAAUGAGUCCUACCUGUGGAACUGUCCUCACAACGGCUGGCUCUCCCACAACUGUGGCCAUGGUGAAGACGCUGGUGUCAUCUGCUCAGCUGCCCAGUCCUGGUCGACGCCCAGGCCAGACACGUUGUUGACCGUCACCUUACCUGCAUCGACACUGUCUGGCCAAGUCUUUGCCAUCCCUGGCAAUUUACCAGAAGCCAGAGAGGACCGUGUGGGUGCCACCAAACUCUUCAACAUGGGGACAGCACGGGCCUGCCCUCUGGAGCUGUGGAGCUCCAUCCUGUGUGUGCCCAGAAUCCUUGACCUCAUGGUAGGGAUGGAUAAAGGGUUCUUGUGUUCCUCUGUAGGAUCUGAAUCCAGUUUAACCCUGAGGCUGGUGAAUGGAAGUGACAGGUGUCAGGGCCGAGUAGAGGUCCUAUACCGAGGCUCCUGGGGCACCGUGUGUGAUGACAGCUGGGACACCAAUGAUGCCAAUGUGGUCUGCAGGCAGCUGGGCUGUGGUUGGGCCACAUCAGCCCCAGGAAAUGCCCGGUUUGGUCAGGGCUCAGGACCCAUUGUCCUGGAUGACGUGCGCUGCUCAGGACACGAGUCCUACCUGUGGAGCUGUCCCCACAAUGGCUGGCUCUCCCACAACUGUGGCCAUCAUGAAGACGCUGGUGUCAUCUGCUCAGCUUCCCAGUCCCGGCCGACACCCAGCCUAGACACUUGGCCAACCUCACAUGCAUCAACAGCAGGAUCUGAAUCCAGUUUGGCCUUGAGGCUGGUGAAUGGAGGUGACAGGUGUCAGGGCCGAGUGGAGGUCCUAUACCGAGGCUCCUGGGGCACUGUGUGUGAUGACAGCUGGGACACCAAUGAUGCCAAUGUGGUCUGCAGGCAGCUGGGCUGUGGCUGGGCCACGUCAGCCCCAGGAAAUGCCCGGUUUGGUCAGGGCUCAGGACCUAUUGUCCUGGAUGACGUGCGCUGCUCAGGACAUGAGUCCUACCUGUGGAGCUGCCCCCACAAUGGCUGGCUCUCCCACAACUGUGGUCAUCAUGAAGACGCUGGUGUCAUCUGCUCUGCUUCCCAGUCCUGGCCAACACCCAGCCUAGACACUUGGCCGACCUCACCUGCAUCAACAGCAGGAUCUGAAUCCAGUUUGGCCCUGAGACUGGUGAAUGGAGGUGACAGGUGUCAAGGCCGAGUGGAGGUCCUAUACCGAGGCUCCUGGGGCACCGUGUGUGAUGACAGCUGGGACACCAAUGAUGCCAAUGUGGUUUGCAGGCAGCUGGGCUGUGGCUUGGCCACGUCAGCCCCAGGAAAUGCCCGGUUUGGCCAGGGCUCAGGACCCAUUGUCCUGGAUGAUGUGCGCUGCUCAGGACACGAGUCCUACCUGUGGAGCUGCCCCCACAAUGGCUGGCUCUCCCACAACUGUGGCCAUCAUGAAGACGCUGGUGUCAUCUGCUCAGCUGCUCAGUCCCAGUCAACGCCCAGGCCAGAUACUUGGCUGACCACCAACUUACCGGCAUCGCCAAUAGGAUCUGAAUCCAGUUUGGCACUGAGGCUGGUGAAUGGAGGUGACAGGUGUCAGGGCCGAGUGGAGGUCCUGUAUCAAGGCUCCUGGGGAACCGUGUGUGAUGACAAUUGGGACACCAAUGAUGCCAAUGUGGUCUGCAGGCAGCUGGGCUGUGGCUGGGCCAUGUCAGCCCCAGGAAAUGCCCGGUUUGGCCAGGGCUCAGGACCCAUUGUCCUGGAUGACGUGCGCUGCUCAGGACAUGAGUCCUACCUGUGGAGCUGCCCCCACAAUGGCUGGCUCACCCACAACUGUGGCCAUCGUGAAGACGCUGGUGUCAUCUGCUCAGCCACCCAAAUAAAUUCUACUACGACAGAUUGGUGGCAUCCAACAACUACAACCACUGCAAGACCCUCUUCAAAUUGUGGUGGCUUCUUAUUCAGUGCCAGUGGGACAUUCUCCAGCCCAUCCUACCCUGCAUACUACCCCAACAAUGCUAAGUGUGUUUGGGAAAUAGAAGUGAAUUCUGGUUAUCGCAUAAACCUGGGCUUCAGUAAUCUGCAGUUGGAGGCACACCAUAACUGCAGUUUUGAUUAUGUUGAAAUCUUUGAUGGGUCAUUGAAUAGCAGUCUCCUGCUGGGGAAAAUCUGUAAUGAUACCAGGCAAAUAUUUACAUCUUCUUACAACCGAAUGACCAUUCACUUUCGAAGUGACGUCAGUUUCCAAAACACCGGCUUCUUGGCUUGGUAUAACUCCUUCCCAAGCGAUGCCGCCUUGAGGUUGGUCAAUUUGAAUUCAUCCUAUGGUCUAUGUGCCGGGCGUGUAGAAAUUUACCAUGGUGGCACCUGGGGGACAGUUUGUGAUGACUCCUGGACCAUUCAGGAAGCUGAGGUGGUCUGCAGACAGCUAGGGUGUGGACGUGCAGUUUCAGCCCUUGGAAAUGCCUACUUUGGCUCUGGCUCUGGCCCCAUCACCCUGGACGAUGUAGAAUGCUCAGGGACGGAAUCCACUCUCUGGCAGUGCCGGAACCGAGGCUGGUUCUCCCACAACUGUCAACACCACGAAGAUGCUGGUGUCAUCUGCUCAGGAAACCAGCUAUCGACACCUGCUCCUUUUCCCAACAUCACCCGUCCAAACACAAAUUAUUCCUGCGGAGGCUUCCUAUCCCAACCAUCAGGGCACUUUUCCAGCCCAUUCUAUCCCGGGAACUAUCCAAACAAUGCCAAGUGUGUGUGGGACAUUGAGGUGCAAGAAAACUACCGUGUGACUGUGAUCUUCAGAGAUGUCCAGCUUGAAGGUGGCUGCAACUAUGAUUAUAUUGAAGUUUUCGAUGGCCCCUACCGCAGUUCCCCUCUCAUUGCUCGAGUUUGUGAUGGGGCCAGAGGCUCCUUCACUUCUUCCUCCAACUUCAUGUCCGUUCGCUUCAUCAGUGACCGCAGCAUCACGAGGAAAGGGUUCCGGGCUGAGUACUACUCCAGUCCUUCCAAUGACAGCACCAAUCUGCUCUGUCUGCCAAAUCACAUGCGAGCCAGCGUGAGCAGGAGCUACCUCCAAUCCUUGGGCUUUUCUGCCAGUGACCUUGUCAUUUCCACCUGGAACGGAUACUACGAGUGUCGGCCCCAGAUAACGCCGAGCCUGGUGAUAUUCACAAUUCCCUACUCAGGCUGCGGCACCUUCAAGCAGGCAGACAAUGACACCAUCGACUAUUCCAACUUCCUCACAGCAGCUGUCUCAGGUGGCAUCAUCAAGAGGAGGAAGGACCUCCGUAUUCACGUCAGCUGCAGGAUGCUUCAGAACACCUGGGUCAACACCAUGUACAUUGCUAAUGACACCAUCCAGGUCGAGAAAGUCCAGUAUGGCAAUUUUGACGUGAACAUUUCCUUUUAUACUUCCUCCUCUUUCUUGUAUCCUGUGACCAGCCACCCUUACUACGUGGACCUGAACCAGGACUUGUACGUUCAGGCUGAAAUCCUCCAUUCUGAUGCUGCACUCACCUUGUUUGUGGACACCUGCGUGGCAUCACCAUACUCCAAUGACUUCACGUCUUUGACUUACGAUCUAAUCCGGAGUGGAUGCGUGAGGGAUGACACCUACGGACCCUAUUCCCAGCCGUCUCCUCGCAUUGCCCGCUUCCGGUUCAGGGCCUUCCACUUCCUGAACCGCUUCCCCUCCGUGUACCUGCAUUGUAAAAUGGUGGUGUGCAGAGCAUAUGACUCCUCUUCCCGCUGCUACCGAGGCUGUGUGGUGAGGUCCAAGAGGGAUGUGGGCUCCUACCAGGAAAAGGUGGACGUCGUCCUGGGUCCCAUCCAGCUGCACCCCCCACGCCGAGAAGAGGAGCCUCGGUAGGUGGUCGCUGUGAGACCCCACUGCCCACCAGGGCGCAGACCCCUGACUCUCGGGGACUUGGGAUGUUUCUCUUGGUGUCAUAUUCCAACUCAUA